AUGGCAUCUUGUGCGGUUCAAUUGAUUGAGAAAAAAGGAGUCAAGAAAAAGCCCGAUAAGCAGGAAAUGCCGUUUGUGAGAGAACUUCAUGUGAAGCAUCCCUUACAGAACAGAUGGGCUCUCUGGUUCUACAAAAAUGAUAAGAGCAAAAUGUGGCAAGACAACCUGAGACUUAUCACCAAGUUUGACACUGUGGAGGAUUUCUGGGCGUUGUACAACAACAUUCAGCCACCGAGCAAACUGUCAUCUGGCUGUGACUACUCAGUGUUCAAGGAUGGGAUUGAGCCAAUGUGGGAGGACAGAAGUAACAAGUGUGGGGGACGCUGGCUCAUCACUCUGUCCAAACAGCAGAGACACACUGAGCUUGACCGUCUUUGGUUGGAGACGCUCCUGUGUCUGAUUGGUGAGGGUUUUCGGUCCUUCAGCAGAGAUAUCUGUGGGGCUGUCAUUAAUGUACGAGCCAAAGGAGACAAACUGGCAGUCUGGACCACCAACACUGAGAACGGACAGGCUGUAAAAUACAUCGGGCGGAAGUACAAAGAAGAACUCGGUUUGCCUGCCAAGCUUGUCAUCGGAUACCAAGCACACGCAGAUACAGCCACUAAAAGUAACUCUAUGACAAAGAAUAAGUUUGUUGUUUGA